AUGAAUGUUACCUUUGAUCCACCUGUAAAUGUUCUCAACCUGUUUGUACCUCUUUCUCAGUUCCCGGGCGAUAGUGCAUCACCCCCGAAAUCUUCGCGAGGAAAGCGUAAUAAAGAAUUAGCAGAGAAAUCCAAUAAGAAAUCAUUAGCAAAAACUCCCAGCCGCACCAGUCUCAGCAGUGACCACUCGGGCAGUUCAGGGGACAAACACUUUGGCAAUAGGAAAAUGUCCAAAACUCAGUGGUCACCCACCGUUGGCACCAACCUAUACACUAUGAGCCCCCAGUCAAUGCUCAAACGAUACUCAGCAAACAACUCAGGGAGCAACGCAUCCAUACACGCCCAGCAACCAACAGACGAGGUCAAGGAAAUGCUGGAGAAGUUCAAACCCAAGGGUCCGUCGUGGUCGGGUAGACCCAUGGGAAUUCCGACCGGAUUUUCUGACGACGCUUUUGGAGAAUUAGGAAACGACCAAAGCAAUCGCUUCAACAGUGAUAAGGCCAUGGGCCUACCAGAAUUCGACCAACGCGACAUUGCUUCACUAGUCCAACGUGAAGCAAUGGCUGAGAGAAGGAAGAACGUUGAACAAUCUUUUCGGGUUCAAAAUAGCGAGGGCAAGAAGUCUGGACUCCGGGGACGGAUGGUGCGGUGGCUGAAGAAAGGCAAUGGCGAUGUUAAUAGGCGUACCAUGAAUGAGAGUGCUGUUAGUGACUUCUAUCAGAAUGCGUCGUUGAAUAAAUCGUCAACCUCCAUGUUGACUAUGGCCGAAAGGAAUUCAGUGGAGAUGCCAUCGUCGCCGGAUAAGGACAGAGAGAAUGAUAAAGACAAACAUAGUAAAGCCAAAGGCAGUAUGAAGCCCUCCUUUUUGGGGGGUUCGGACCAACGCAAGACCCCAGAAACAAGUAUUGGGUCCUACAGUCGCUUUGCUUUGGGCGGUAGUGGGGGUGGCGGGAAGCACACAGGCAUUCGCACUCCCACUCUCAGCGGACCUACAAGUCAGCAAAGCCUGGCCAUAUGUCGCAUCUGCGAACAAAACAUCGAUGUACAGGACUUUGACGAGCAUGCCAGGUAG